CAGCUAUUAAGAAGAUUACCGCUGUUGUUACAGACAAGAGAAUAAUUUGCGUUUUUAUUUAGCAAAUACAGAUUGUUAAGAAAAUUAUAUAAAUUUGAUAACAAGUGCGAGUUAUGUAUUUCUACUUUUCCAGAAUCGCUGGCAUGCGUUCAGUUUAUGUUGUGAGUUAUAGUUAAUUGGGUAGUUUUAUGGACUCUAUUCAUUUCAAUAUGUCUGCAGCCGACGAAUUUGAGGAACCAGCCCCUACGCCAACAUAUAAUUGUAAAAGGUGCAAAAAGACUUUCUCUUGUAAAAGGGAUCAGCUUCUYCAUAAAAAAGAAGUACAUUUUCAAGCAAAGUCAUCUUAUGAAUGCAAGUUGUGCUCCAAAUUUUUCUGCAAUGGUGGCAAUUUGGAACGCCACAUGAAGGUACACAAUGAUGUCCGCCCAUUUGUAUGUCAUAUAUGCGAAAAAGCUUUUGCCCAAGCUGUAAACUUACAACGUCACUUUUCGGUUCAUAAUGGCGAAAGACCGUAUCAAUGCAACUUUUGUACCAAAUCCUUUACUCAACAGAGUAACAUGCAUCGCCAUCAAUUAACUCACACUGGGGAAAAACCAUUCCGCUGUAAGCGUUGUGGUCGCUAUUUCUCUCAGCGUGUUAAUCUUAAGAAGCAUAUUAUGGGCCAUUUGAAUGCAAAACCUUACGCCUGUGGAAUAUGUCAAAAAUCAUUUAUUCAACUAAGUAACUUCAAGAAACAUUUGCAAUCUCAUGUAAAAGAAGGUGUUGAAGUAGAUAUCGCAGCAACAGUUGCAGCAGCUACAGCGGCAGCGCGCCAAAGUAUUGAGUUGGCAUCGCAACCUGUGGCUUUUGAGUGUGCAAUUUGUCGAAGUAUUUACGAUAACUUUGCAGAUUUUGAAAUGCAUGAGAGUGCCUGUACAGGUGCAGUGCAACCGAAAGUUGAAGCUCUGGACACAAAUACCUCCGUUGACAUGUACUCUCCAAUGAAGUUCGAGGUUGCACAUCUAGACACUCAUGAGAUAAUUAUUGAAACCACCCGUUAAAGUUAAUGUAUUGAAGUACGUAAUAUGCAAGUAAUGUGAGAAAUAAAUUUAAAUUGGUCUAAAAUAGGCAAGAAUCACUAA